ACACGUAAACAAUAAUUCCCUCAUUUUCCCCUUUUCAUUGGUUUUCUUCUUGUACUCUCUCUCCCUCUCUCUCAAGAAAAAAGCAAACGACUUUAUGGGCAAGAUCAAGUCUUUCAAGCAGGAGUUCUCUUUCGAUGAGCGUCUUGAAGAAUCAAAGAACAUCAUUGGAAAAUACCCAGAUCGAGUUCCGGUUAUCAUUGAAAGAUAUUCGAGGACAGACCUGCCUGAAAUGGAAAAGAAAAAAUACCUGGUUCCUAGAGAUAUGUCUGUUGGCCAGUUUAUCCAUAUUUUAAGCAGCCGGCUUCAACUGACUCCUGGAAAAGCGCUUUUUGUAUUUGUGAAGAACACAUUACCUCAAACAGCAAGUCGUAUGGAUUCCAUUUACGAAAGUUACAAGGAAGAUGAUGGAUUUCUGUAUAUGUGUUACAGCAGUGAGAAAACCUUUGGCUAAUCAUUUCUAAUUAUCUAAUAGUUCAUACCUGUAAGUAUUUAUCAUUCUCACUUGUUCUGAACACAGACGCCUGUGUGGCCCUGUAAUUUCAUGUUCCUUGUAUAUUUUAAUUUCUUCCCUUUUCUGUAAAGCUCAUAACCUGUAAUAAUAAUGCCAUAUUAUCUUUCCCAUUACUCAAUUAAUACAUCCAUCACAUUGGUGGCUUUCACAAGAAAA